GCCUCGCCCGCCGGGCGCCCCGCAGCUCCCAGCUCCCAGCUCCCAGCUCCCAGCUCCCAGCUCCCAGCAUCCGCGCCGCCGCCGCCGCCGCCCCCAGCGCCACCGCCAUGCGGGAGAUCGUGCACCUGCAGGCCGGCCAGUGCGGCAACCAGAUCGGAGCCAAGUUUUGGGAGGUGAUCAGUGAUGAGCAUGGCAUCGACCCCACGGGCACAUACCACGGGGACAGUGAUCUGCAGCUGGAGAGAAUCAACGUAUACUACAACGAGGCCACAGGAGGAAAUUAUGUUCCCAGAGCCGUGCUGGUGGACCUGGAGCCUGGCACCAUGGACUCUGUUCGCUCCGGGCCCUUCGGCCAGAUCUUCCGGCCUGACAACUUUGUGUUUGGCCAGUCCGGAGCCGGCAACAACUGGGCCAAGGGCCACUACACGGAGGGCGCCGAGCUGGUGGACGCGGUCCUGGACGUGGUGCGGAAGGAGGCCGAGAGCUGCGACUGCCUGCAGGGCUUCCAGCUGACGCACUCGCUGGGCGGCGGCACGGGCUCGGGCAUGGGCACGCUGCUCAUCAGCAAGAUCCGCGAGGAGUUCCCGGACAGGAUCAUGAACACCUUCAGCGUGGUGCCGUCGCCCAAGGUGUCGGACACGGUGGUGGAGCCCUACAACGCCACGCUGUCGGUGCACCAGCUGGUGGAGAACACGGACGAGACCUACUGCAUCGACAACGAGGCCCUGUACGACAUCUGCUUCCGCACCCUGAAGCUGACCACGCCCACCUACGGCGACCUCAACCACCUGGUGUCGGCCACCAUGAGCGGCGUCACCACCUGCCUGCGCUUCCCGGGCCAGCUCAACGCCGACCUGCGCAAGCUGGCCGUGAACAUGGUGCCCUUCCCGCGCCUGCACUUCUUCAUGCCGGGCUUCGCGCCGCUCACCAGCCGCGGCAGCCAGCAGUACCGCGCGCUCACGGUGCCCGAGCUCACGCAGCAGAUGUUCGACGCCAAGAACAUGAUGGCCGCGUGCGACCCGCGCCACGGCCGCUACCUGACGGUGGCCGCCGUCUUCCGCGGCCGCAUGUCCAUGAAGGAGGUGGACGAGCAGAUGCUGAGCGUGCAGAGCAAGAACAGCAGCUACUUCGUCGAGUGGAUCCCCAACAACGUCAAGACGGCCGUGUGCGACAUCCCGCCGCGCGGCCUCAAGAUGGCCGCCACCUUCAUCGGCAACAGCACGGCCAUCCAGGAGCUGUUCAAGCGCAUCUCGGAGCAGUUCACCGCCAUGUUCCGGCGCAAGGCCUUCCUGCACUGGUACACGGGCGAGGGCAUGGACGAGAUGGAGUUCACCGAGGCCGAGAGCAACAUGAACGACCUGGUGUCCGAGUACCAGCAGUACCAGGACGCCACGGCCGAGGAGGGCGAGUUCGAGGAGGAGGCCGAGGAGGAGGUGGCCUAGGGCUGCGCCAGCGCCGGGCCGGGGAGCCCUCGCCCCUCCGCCCCUCCUCCCCUCCUCCCCUCCUCCGCCCCUCCUCCGCCCCUCCUCCCCGGAGCCCAGGAGCCUGGCUUCCCACUCACGCUGGGGGUGGGGGUCGGGGAGCUGGCUGACCUUUGACCCGGGAGCCCCGCUUCACCAGUGACCCGGCAAGCCUACCUUUAACCCACUCCGACCUCUCCUCCACCUUUGACCUCCCCCACGAACCCCUCUGUGCCCCCAGACCCCGGAGUCCCGGAGUCCCAGCUUGCCGCCGAGCCUCCACCUCCCGGCAUCACCCUUGACACUGGCAGCCCCACCUCCCCUCCCCUGAGCGCCCGACCCCCCUUCCUCUUUCCUCCCACCCCCCCCACCAACUCCCUCCCCUCUGCUCUCCCAACCUCGGUUCCCGCCCACUCCCCCCCCCCCCAGUGGUGGAGGGCUGCGUGCUGCCGAGAGAGCAGACCCUGAGCAUGUGAGCCAAAGGCCUCCCCACCCCCCUCCCCUCUGCUUCACCUGCAAUAAAUAAACUAUUGUCCUGCCCUGUUUC